UGCGCUCGGGGAAGGAGCGAAGCGAGGCCUGGAGCUCGGAGAUAGGGUUCUGUCUGCUCAGCUCAGCGCGGCCGCGCAGGCGCAGUCGUGGCAGCUGCGCCGGCCGUCCUCCUUCGCGCAGGCGCAGUCGUGGCAGCUGCGCCGGCCGUCUCCCUUCGCUCUCUGUGUGCGCGUGAGGGAGAAGCGCGGACGGCGGAGGCGGCUCGACAGGCGCUCUUUUCUCCCCCCCCCCCCCAUCCGCGGAUCGUGAAGAGAAGGGGCGGCCGGGAGAAACUAAGGCGCCGUCGGAGGCAGACGCUGGGCCCGCAGGCCGCGACCCGGCGAUGGGACGCGUUUGUGUCAGGCGACUCGGCGGCCUCCGGAGCGGCUGGUAGGCCGCGGCGACCGAGCCCUUGAAGGCGGAGCGGAUUCGGCGACUCCUUCCAUGUGAGGCGACCGGGACUCGUCCUGCCGGGCGCGGAGAAGGCCUUCCGCCGCGGAUGGCGCCCCACCUCCUCCGUCUCUCCCCGUCGUCUUCUCCUUCCACGCGGGCGCCUUGACGGGUCCUGGUUUCCCGAUGCCGAGCACCUCGGAGGCGACGUCCGGAGGCGGCGGCAGCGGCGUGCGGGGCUGGGCCGGCUCGGAGUCCCCGCCAGCGACGGAGAAGAAGCGGCCGCACCACCGGCGGCGGAAGCGCUACGCCUCGGCCGCACCGCCCGCGUCUCCCGCGGCGGCGCCUCCGCUGCUCUUCCCGCUGCUGCAGCCGUCGCUCCUGCAGCCGCCGCUGCCGCCGCAGUCGCUGCUCUUCCUGGCGGCCACGGGCGGCGCCGCCUCGUCCUGCUGCGGGGAAGGGGGGGAGCGGAAGCGGCCGCGCGGGAAGCGGCGCUCGGGGACGCGGCACAAGCGGCGGCGGGGCAGGGCGGGCCUGGCGGGGGGCGGCCUGGCGGGGGGCUCCGAGCGCCGGGGCCUGGCGCCGCUGGUGGAGGCGGCGGCCGAGGAGUACGACGACGUGAGCUCGCAGUCCGAGGGCCUGGGGGGCGGCGGCGGGGGGAGCCCGGCCUCCUCCUCUUCUCCCGGGGCGGGCGGGGGGAGCCAGACGCGGCCCGGGCGCUCCGAGACAGAUCGGGGCAGCCGCCGGACGCGCCGGGAGCACCGCAGCAGUAGCGGCCGGCGCUCCCGGGAGCGGCACCGGGAGCACCGGCGGCGGGGGGAGGACAAGGACAAAGCGGCGGCGGCGCAGCAGGAGGGGGCGGCCGCCAGGGGGGGAGCCGAGGCCUCGUCCUCUUCCUCCGCCAAAUCCCGCAGCCGCCACAACCACAGCCCCCGGGAGGCCCCCCGGGGCGGCGGCAGCGACGGCCGCAGGAAGGGCUCGGCUGCUUCGCCCGGCAGCGGAAGGAAGGAGCGGGACGGCAAGGCCCACCGGAGCCGGACGAAAGCGGCCAAGGAGACCCCCUCGGCUUACAAGGACCCGCCCAAAGCCUACCGCGAAGACAAGGCGGAGCCGCGGGCUUACCGGCGGCAGCGCUCCUCCGCCAGCCCUGGCCGGGAUGACAGCCCCCCUGCCCACAGGGCCUCGCAGGGCCAGCGAAGCCGCAAGUCGCCCAGCCCCCGCUCUUCGCUCAGCCCUUACCGGCGGCGAUCGCCCAGCUACAGCCGGCACAGCUCUUACGAGCGAGGCGGCGAUGUGUCGCCCAGCCCCUACAGCAGUUGGCGGAGGUCUCGCAGCCCCUACAGCCCCGCCGUCAGAAGAUCAGCAAAAUCCCGAAGUAGAAGCCCUUACACAUCAAGGCACUCCAGAUCUCGCAGCAGGCACAGAUUAUCAAGAUCCAGGAGCCGGCAGUCGAGUAUUUCUCCGAGUACUCUGACUUUCAAAAGUAGCCUGGCUGCAGAGUUGAACAAGAACAAAAAGGCAAGGGCCGCCGAGGCCGCCAAAGCCAACGUAAAAGCUUCAAACACCUCUACGCCUACUAAGGGAAAUGCUGAUGCUGGGGUGACCCAACCACCAGCCAACAACCUGAAGGAACAGAAGAAGCUAAAAACGGAGCACACACCUGCCCCUUCAGGAGCUCCAGUCUUGAAAAAUGACAAAACAAAGACAAAAGUCCCAGUUCCAGAGACAAAGGGAGAGAACAGCUUGGCUGUAGAGAAAACGGUAAAGCAAAAAACUUCUGUGGUGAAGGAGAGUAAACCAGCCCCGGUAAAGCAGCCCCUGCCUCUGCCGCCCCCACAGCCUGUUGCUGUAAAAGAGAAGAACAAGCCCCACCCGCAAAGUGCAGUGCCCAAGGAAAAGGAGCGGAAUAUUACACUGGUGACUUCCACGCUGCCUCCUUUGCCCCUUCCUCCUAUGCUGCCUGAAGAUAAAGACACAGAUAACUUGCAAGGAAGCAUUUCUGUGAAAGCCGUGAAAAAGGAAGUGGAGAAGAAAUUGCGCUACCUGCUCGCAGACCUGCCACUGCCCCCUGAGUUGCCAGGAGGAGACGAUUUGUCCCAAAGCCCUGAAGAGAAGAAAACACCAACGCAGCCCCACAUUAAAAAGAGGCCAAAAAUUUGUGGACCACGCCAUGGUGAAACAAAACAAAAAGAGAUUGACUGGGGGAAACGUUGUGUCGAUAAAUUUGACAUCAUUGGCAUUAUUGGAGAAGGCACUUACGGACAAGUUUACAAAGCAAGAGAUAAAGAUACAGGGGAAAUGGUGGCAUUAAAGAAGGUACGACUGGAUAACGAGAAGGAAGGUUUUCCAAUUACAGCUAUUCGGGAAAUUAAGAUUCUUCGACAACUUACUCACCAAAGCAUAAUCAAUAUGAAGGAAAUAGUGACUGAUAAGGAAGAUGCCUUAGAUUUCAAGAAAGACAAAGGCGCCUUUUACCUUGUAUUUGAAUAUAUGGAUCAUGACCUGAUGGGACUCCUGGAAUCUGGCUUGGUUCAUUUUGAUGAAAAUCAUAUAAAAUCCUUCAUGAGACAGUUGAUGGAAGGCUUGGAUUAUUGCCAUAAGAAGAAUUUCUUGCACAGGGAUAUUAAGUGCUCCAAUAUCUUACUAAACAACAGAGGGCAGAUCAAACUUGCAGAUUUUGGGCUUGCCCGGCUGUAUAGCUCAGAGGAGAGUCGACCCUAUACCAACAAAGUGAUCACGUUAUGGUACCGCCCUCCUGAACUGUUGCUAGGAGAGGAGCGAUACACACCUGCCAUUGAUGUCUGGAGCUGCGGGUGCAUCCUAGGAGAGCUGUUCACUAAAAAGCCAAUAUUUCAAGCAAACCAGGAACUUGCUCAGCUGGAACUGAUAAGCCGCAUUUGUGGGAGUCCUUGUCCUGCAGUAUGGCCUGAUGUGAUAAAACUGGCAUAUUUCAACACCAUGAAACCAAAGAAGCAGUACCGUCGACGACUGAGAGAAGAAUUUGCUUUUAUUCCCCCAGCUGCCCUAGACCUCUUUGAUUACAUGCUUGCUCUGGACCCCAGCAAGCGCUGCACGGCUGAACAGGCUCUUCAGUGUGAAUUUCUUCGAGAUGUGGAUCCUUCCAAGAUGCCUCCACCAGACCUCCCAUUAUGGCAGGACUGUCAUGAGUUGUGGAGUAAAAAGCGCCGAAGGCAGAAGCAGAUGGGGAUGACUGAUGAUGCCACUAAAAUUCCAAGGAAGGAUCUGUCUUUAGGCAUGGAUGACAGCAGAACCAACACCCCUCAGGGCAUGCAGACCUCUUCUCAGCUGAAGAUGCCAGGCAAUUCUAACAUGGCACUUGCGAAAGGAGGCAGUGGACAACCGCUUAAUCAAAACGAAGUCGCUCUUCUCCUGAACCUGCUUCAGUCUAAAACCAGUGUGAACAUGGCACAGUUUGCUCAAGUACUGAACAUUAAGGUGAAUCCAGAGACUGAGCAACAGUUGAAUAAAAUAAACCUUCCAGCUGGCAUUUUGGAAGCAGAACAGCCGGAGCAGCAACAGCAACAGCCACCGCCACAGCCGCCGCCGCCGCCACCACCACCACCACAGACUCCAUCCCCAGACCAGGAGCCUGUAAAACAAGUGGCAGCCCCUCAGCCUUCUGCACAGCCUGCUCCAUUGAGCCAAGCGAAAGUUGACACUGAGGUCACUCAAGCGGCUGUGCAGAGUGCCUUUGCUGUUUUGUUAUCGCAGUUAUUAAAGACUCAGCAAGGGAAGCAAAAAGAAAAUGCGCUGGAAGAAAAGGAGAACGGGUCGGGAAACGAAAUGGGGUUACAUCCCCUGCAGCCGCCAGAGCCAAGUACACCUGUGUCUACCAACUGGGAGGGGCCAGAAUCUCCAGCAUCCAUUUAUCCCCCUCUAAUCAACUCGUUGUAUGGAUGUGCAGGACAAGACGAGCUGAUCAGGCAGCCUGAGAUGAGGCCUCAGACCCCGGAAGAACGGCCUCGUAUCUUGCCCCCAGACCAGCGACCUCCUGAGCCGCCAGAACCGCCACCUAUCACAGAAGAAGACCUUGAUUAUCGGACAGAGAACCAACACUUGUCUUCUGUGGGUGGCUCUUCAGGGAUGGAUCCUCACGCUGGAGUAAAAGCGGCUCUUCUGCAGCUGCUGGCUCAUCAUCAGGCUCAAACAACAACUGAGCAGCCAGCAACCUCCACUGUGGAUUUCCAGCCAAGAGACUCCUUUAUAGCAGCUCCAGACUAUAAGGAUAGCUUUGUAUCAUCUACAUUCUCUUCUGCGUACUACCGUAGUAGUGACGGAAUAGGGAGUGGGUCGUCUGGGGCACUAGAAAGGGGGAAUUUUGUCGCAAACUCGGAGGUCCAGCCCUUAGAGAACUACAGCGCUGCUUCAUCUCACUCGAGUGGUGCUCCUCCGCCUCCUGCCUUCUCAGAACCAUUUCACAGCUCAGUAACUGGUUAUGGAGACAUUUACCUCAACACUGGUCCCAUGCUGUUUAGUGGUGAUAAGGACCACAGAUUUGAAUAUAGCCAUGGUCCUAUUGCAGUUUUGGGUAACAGUGGUGACAAUUCUGCAGGGUCAGAAAGUACUCAUUCUUUGUCCGCAAAGAUGCAGAACUAUACCUAUGGAAGUAAUUUACAAGAGCCCCCGGGCAGUGUCAGCCACCUGCAUGGACAAGCUUGGACUUCUCCCAUCCAAGGACCUGGAUAUUCACAAGGAUACAGGGGACACAUUGGCACAUCAACAGUCAGAGGUCGGGGCCGAGGAUUGCCCUAUUGAGCACCCGUUUUGUUUUUCUCCCUGUUUCCCCUCAGGCACAUCGUUUUUACCUGGAAAGACUUUGUAGCUGCCAUUUCAAAGCAGCACCCAACAGACUUGAAUAAUGUUAAUUCAACAGCUUUAUUUUUAUGUGGAAAGGGUCUUGCGUACAAUAGGAAAACUGCUUACAAUUCAUGCUGUUCUGAGGAAACCAGAUUAAUUGAUUGUACAUCUUUGCAAAUCCUAGCUAUGAAUUUUUAUAUUUUGGCAGUUUUAAGUCAAUGCUAAAUUUAGGGACAUCAGCUUUUUAUGGCACUCUUGUCAGUUCUGAACUAUGCACACACUUGUGCUUCUUUUGUAAGUUUGGACCAACUUUUAUGUAAAGAUUUUACAACAAUCAAAGCAGGGCACUGAUUUAUUUGGUAUUUCUUUUUACAAAACUACCUUGAUUCAAAAACUGUCAGUCUUUGCACUGCUUUCAGUGUUAUCUGUGGAAGGUGUUCUUUGUGCUCAUUUCAGACAAUAAAACUGUCUCUCUUGACACAGCCGUUUUAAUACAUAUUUUGGCAUUGAUUUGAUUUACUCCCAAGUCCGUCAUUCAUCUAGUAAAUGAUCCUGUCCAUCUUCCCAGUGUUUGUAUAAAAAAAAACUGUUUUACUUGAAUGGUAAGUGCCUUAAUGUAAGCUUAAGGUCUGAAAAAACAUUUCAUUAAAUUAAAAAAAAAGCUGUUUAAAAGGUACUUUGUAGUUUAAUACAAAGAAGUAAUAUUUACACUACACUGAUAGUAAUAUAUGGACAAAUGGGAUAGAUGGCAUUUUUAUGGCUUCUCACAUGCCACUGUUUAUAGGUGAGUCCAAUUAAGAAACACUUAGCUUUCUCUUUCCUCAGAUUACCUUCCCGUACUAAAUAGAGAAUGUGUGGACAAAUAACGAAAAGUAGGUUUCUUUCAAUUUUCUGUAUGAGCUUGUUCAAUUUUCUUUACCAAAUAAAAUUUAGUGUCCUGUUUUACGCAGUCUUAUUAUUUAUAAAGGAGCAGCAUUUUGUUACACAUCGAGCAACAAUAACUAGUUUUGUGUUAGAAAAUUGCUAUUUUCCAAAUAAUGUUAACUGAGGCUACAUAACCAGCAUUUAGUGGAACAGAGGUGUAAGCAGCAGUUAAUUUUUUUGGGAAACUGUGCCAACCAAUUCUGUAUUAAAUUAUUCCACUGAUAAUUUGCUACUUGAUAACUUGUUUUGGAACAAUUCCAUCACAUGUUCAAUCUUAACAGCAAAAAUGGUUCCAGAAAAUAUCACUGUGGCUCUGAGGAUGAUGCUCUCCAGCAUUGCAAACUUGUUUUGCGAGAAUGUCUUGCGUGCAGAGUUUAGGGCGCUGGGUAUGUUUUCCAUGCACUGAAAUGUUUUUAAAUGCCCAUAUUGGAAAAAGUUUCCCAACUGAUUAUCCAGUUGACAAGCUAGUGCAUAUGUAGCUAUUUUUAAAACAUGUAAUGUUUCUAUUAACUAAAUCACAACUGUAGUCUUGUUGGCGGUGACUUGAAUCUUCCAAAAGAGCGCCUAAAAUUGUCUGCUUCAAAUUCUUCACUCUAAGUGGAUAUUGCAUUGUAGGGUAUCAGUUCUGUUGAAACUUCCCUGUAAAUGACAUGAUGUCGCCAUCACUAUCAUUUAGAGAAUACUGACUGAAAAUAAAAACAGCUAAACUGGAA